GCAUAUGCAUUUGUGCUGUUGCUCUUCCUUCUUGAUCACGUCUCUUCGGCUUAACACGCGGCUUGCGCCUCUUACCCGUUAUUUAUCCAUCCAAAAGUCAUUAACAUCAAAAUCUAGGCAUUCAGUUUCUCAACAACGUUGGAAAUAGUCACUUUGCUGUGUAUAUUCCAAAGAAGCUUCAGUAGAAAAACACGUGUAAAUUUAAUUGUGGUUCGAGAAGAAAAAUUUUAGUUGUGAAAUAUUUGUGAAAUAUGUGUGUGGGUGUUGGAAUUGAAGUUUGUACCUAAUUUUGAUAAAUUUGAAAGCCAAAAGAAAAUUCAAGAAAUCUAGAAACUGUGAAAAUAUAUAUUCAAAAAACUCAAAAGUCAUUGGGAAACUUAAAAAAAAAUUCAAAAGUCAUUAAAAAAUUAUUAAAAAAAAAAAUUACUUUCAAAAAAAUAUAAAUAAACUUGAAAGAAAAUAUCAAAUUUCAAAAAAAAGUUUUGAAAAUUUCUUUUUCAUUACAUUUCGUAACAAAUUUGUGUGUCAAGUGCUAAGCUGAAAGUGUGUUUAUUGUAACAAAAUAUAAUUUAUAAAUACAGUUACAACUCUAAAGUGUAUUAAUACCAAGAUUAUUGACCUCUGCUGAAUAAAAAAUAAGUGUUUUAAGUGCUUUCGUUACUCCCCCAAUAGAAUAUUAAAAGAAAAUCUAAUUCAAAACAAAAAUUAAUUAAACCAAAACCUUUAUAAUUAUUUGCAGCUUUGAAAAUUUGCGAUUUUCAAAUACAUUUUUUUAUCUAAUUGCUAAUAAAAACUAAAAAAUAAUUCGAAAAGUAACUUUUUGCUCAUUUUCUAAAGAAAAUUCAAUAAUAAGUGCUAUAGCAGAAUGUCGAAGAAGGAGGAUACACCGUUUGUCAUCGACUUCAAACCGAAAACGUCAUCACGGUAUGGCGCCGCCGAUACAGCUGCCAGCACACCGACUGGCAGCAGCAACACGCCCACCACAGCCAGAGCUAUCAAUAAUAAUGCAGAUCGUACACCGUCCAUGAUGUAUGUGUUGCAUGGACGUGAACACAUUGAAUUACGCGACCAUUGUCAUCGUCAACGAACCGAAGGCGUGGAUUUGAAGGCUCGUAAAAAACUGAUCAUCGCUAGUAUCUUGUGUUUGGUCUUUAUGGUCUGUGAGAUUAUUGGUGGCAUUUUAUCGAACAGUUUGGCGAUUGCAACAGAUGCCGCUCACUUACUAACAGAUUUUGCCAGCUUUAUGAUAUCAUUGUUUGCCAUCUGGAUAGCUGGGCGACCAUCAACACAGCGCAUGUCCUUCGGCUGGUAUCGCGCCGAGGUUAUCGGCGCCAUGGCCUCGGUCGUGAUGAUUUGGGUCAUUACCGCUAUACUCGUUUGGUUGGCCGUGCAGCGUUUGAUUAAUCGCGAUUUUGAAGUGAACGCCAAGAUUAUGCUGAUUACAUCUGGUUUAGCGAUUUUGGUUAAUUUGAUCAUGGGCAUACAGCUGCAGCAUGGUCACUCUCAUGGCGGUAUGUCCGGCGCGCAUGGCCACAGUCACGGCGGCAAGUCAAAGAAGCAGAAGAAGGGUAAGAAAGCCGCUAAUUUGCAAGUGGUUGCCAGUGAGGAGAGCAGCGGUAACCUAGCACUCUCCACCGCCAACAUAAAACCGGCUGCGAGUAGUGAAAAACGUUUUGUGGCCGGUCCGACGUGUACACCCACAGGCCGCUGCUCGCUGCCACCCACGCAGCGUCCGCUAGAAGAUGGCGCUGCCGAGCUUGAGUUGGACGCCAAUGAUGCCGCUAUGCCCGUCUCCGGUCUGGCCACGUUCUCUUAUCAGAAUUCGACUUCAGCGCAGGAGCUGCGCGCCGAGAUUGCCGCGGUAAUGGCGGAGACAGCGCCGGGUGCGCAUCAUCAUGGCGGUGUGGCGUCACGUGAGGCGGAGAAUUUGAAUGUACGCGCCGCUUUCAUACACGUUGUCGGCGAUAUGAUACAGAGUGCGGGCGUAUUUGUAGCCGCUUUGGUGAUAUUCUUCCGUCCGGAUUGGGCUAUUGUUGAUCCGAUUUGCACGUUCAUAUUCUCGAUCAUUGUGCUCUUCACAACGUUUACUAUCAUGAAAGAUGCGCUCUUGGUUUUAAUGGAGGGUACACCCAGUUAUAUGCACUACGCCGAGGUGCUUGAAGUCUUCGAGCAUAUUGAGGGUGUGAGACGUGUGCAUAAUUUGCGUAUUUGGGCGCUGAGCAUUAAUAAAGUCGCUCUCUCCGUACAUUUGGCAAUUGCACCCGAAGCGAAUGCCAAACGCAUUUUGGAGGAGGCCAGCACCGCCGUUCAUCGGCGCUAUAAUUUCUUUGAGACGACCAUACAAAUCGAGGAGUUCACACCGGCAAUGGAGAACUGUCAGCAGUGUUGUGUGCCAGUCACGUAGACGCGGGGACCAACUGCAAUGCUGUAGAGCGGGUGGAAGCCACAGCGCUGAGUCGUGAAGCUCAAUUUUUGUAAUGCCAUUUAAUAUAUACACGCCUACAUAUAUGUUUGUAAUCUGUAUUUAGUUAUAAAUGGGAGGAAAAAAGUUUUUGUUUUGUAACUUUUGCUUGUAAGGACUUUUUCGUCGUCUGUGUCUGUCGUUGCGUAACCAAUUUUUGUGGUUUUCAAUUAAAUUUCACAUUCUUUACUUAAUGUGCGCUUUGACGCGGUAUUUCGACACAACGAUUUUGAAUUAUUUUCUUCCAGUUUCGAGUUUGUCUUGCUUGCCCAUACUUAGUUCUAAUAUUAUAAUAUAGAGUGAGAGUCACUUAAGUGUAAACAAUUUCAAAUUUAUAUUAAAAUUUUAUUGUAAUAAAAAUAUUAAAUAAAAUAUAGUAUUUUUCUUU